GGAACGACAAGCCUACAAACGUCCUAAUUUUUCACGUGAAGGGUGAUGGCAUCUGUUUCAAAGCAGCUUCUGGAAGCUCUGGAUGAUCUAGUCACAGAUGAACUGAAGAGGUUUAAAUGGCACUUAAAGGAUCAUAAAGGUUUUCCAGCUGCUGCUCUGGAGAAGGCAGAUGCUCCUGAUACAGUGGAUCUGAUAAAAAAGCAUUUUGGACCAGAAGAAGGGGUGAAGAUAACAGUGGAGAUUCUGAGGGAGAUGAAACAGAACCAUGUAGCUGAAAAGUUAGAGAAGAAACACAAACAAGAUACAGCCCAGGCUGAGACAAGUAUUGAAGAUCCUGUUCCUGCUAGAGUUGAAACAAAUCUGACCAAUGAAACACUCAACAACAUUGUUCACCAGACCAGGAAGGACUUCCUACAAUAUCAACAUCAGUUCACUCUGGAUCUGAACACUGUGAAUAAAUGGCUCCAACUUUCGGAUAGCAACAGAGUGAUUACAUACGCUAAAACAGAUCAGUCGUAUCCUGAUCAUCCAGACAGAUUUGAUGAUGUUUAUCAGGUGUUGUGUAGAGAGAGUGUGAGUGGACCCUGUUACUGGGAGAUUGAGUGGAGUGGAGAUGAUGGUGUGUCUAUAUCAGUGUCAUAUAAGAGCAUCAACAGGAAGGAAGAGAGUAAAGAGUGUUUCUUUGGACGUAAUUAUAAGUCUUGGAGUUUGUUCUGCUCUUCCUCCAGUUGCUCAUUCAUACACAAUGACAUUUGGACUGAUCUCCCUGUAGAGUCCAUCAGCAGGAGAAUAGGAGUGUUUGUGGAUCACAGAGCAGGAACUCUGUCCUUCUACAGCGUCUCUGACACAAUGAGCCUCAUCCACACAGUCCAGACCACAUUCACUCAGCCGAUCUAUCCUGGGUUUUGGGUUCCUUUUGGAUCAUCAGUGAAACUGUGUUAAUGAAAAAUUACAUCUACUCACGUUACUGUAAUUCAGGAGUUUUUUCGGGUACUUGUACUCUUUAGAAUAUAUUUUUAAAGCUGUACUUUUACUUGUAGUUAAAGGGGACCUAUUAUACAAAAAUCACUUUUACAAGGUGUUUGAA